AUGCUAUCCAAACAGGUCCUGUUGAUUGCUAUCUACCUGGGCUUGGCCGCCGCCCAAUGCGGACCUUCCGGCGCACACAUCCAAUCAGGCACUGCGCAAUGCUCAUGUUCCGGCAACCACAUCUCAUGCGAUCCUUUUCAGAUUUGCGGCGUUGGUCACACUGAUGCCAACGUCCUAUUGACAGCCAGUUGUACCGCUACCGUCACCUGCACUAAUAGAGGCGGUAAUACAGUCGAAGUCAAGAGCCAGCCCGUCACUGUACCUUCCCGCACUGUCAACGCAAAUGCUAGAAAUGGCUGUGUGAAUAUCCCUUCGAUUCAACUUACUGAGCCGUCAAACAGCCAAUUUGAGGCUGCUGCAAGCUGUCCAAACCCGAACUGGACUAAAAGCGUUAAGUCAGGUAGCACUAGUUGCACCUUUAGUGAAACCGUGACGUUUGAAGGCUGCAACACCCCAUUUACUACCGUACAGGGUUCAUGUUCUGCCUGA